GAUAGAGACGCAAACGUGAGGAAGCAGAAGAAGAAGAAGAAGAAGAAGAAGAAGAGAGACUGCUGUUUAUUUCCAUCGAACUGAUGUUAAUCUCUCCCUCUUGUAGUUAAUCAUCAUCACCAGUUAAACCACAAAGCAGCAAUCAUGGGCGGCGACAUAGCUUCCUCCCUCGUUUCCUCUUCCGAGGAAGAAUCGGUGGAGGGGAAAGAAGAAUUCCCAGAAAUAUCGCUUGGAUCGUUAGCCUGUCUCAUCCGGAAGGACGGUUCCCGCGCCAAGGCGGAGGAUGGUGGUGCCGUCGAGGGAGAAAAAGGGGCGGCGUUCGAGGAGUAUGGCGAGGUGCGCCGCCGAAUUUCUUCGAAAUCUUUGGAUUUGGAAGCUGAUCGGAGGAGGAUAAGCGAUGUUUAUGGGGAAGUUUUGGAGAGUUACAAUGUAUUGCUGCGUCGGAGCGGGAAUUUGGAGGCGCCCAAGGCUAGAAUUCUGAGUUAUGUGCCCGGAGCUUGGAUUGAGGAGGUGGGUGGCAUGACGCGGAAUGAUUAUGAAGUCCCAAAGACGACAUUGCUCUUACUGGUUGGUCCAAAGGGAUCUGGGAAAAGCAGCCUUGUCAAUAGGAUUUCCAAGGUGUUUGAAGAUGACAAGUUUACAUCAGAGAGGGCCCAAGUUUCAUAUAAUUCAUCUGUUGGGGAUGGGACUGCCUUUCUCCAUGAGUAUAUGAUCCCUAGAGGUUCAAUUUCUUUCUCUCUCUGUGACACUCGCAGUUUGUCUGAUGAUUCAUCUGAAAACAUUGAAAUGCUAAGGCAGUGGAUGACUAGAGGUGUUCGCCAUGGAGAACCGGUUAUUAGGGGUUCUGAUAGUUGGAGGUUAAAGACCAGAAUGAAGCAGAAAGCUCGCCAGAAUGGUUAUAAUUCCAGUGAGAUUAAGAUGGUUAAUUUUGUUAUAUUUGUAGUUAAUGGGCUUUCAGUUUUGAAAUCCAUGAACAGUGAUGAUGAAGCAGACAAACAGUAUACUGAAAUGGUUGCAACAGCUUUCAAUUGCCCAUAUUUGUCUUUCAAAGAUGAUAAGCCUGUUAUUAUUGUCACACAUGGAGAUUUACUUUCACUUUCUGACCGUGCACGGGUUCGUGUUCAUUUGGGAGAGCUGCUGGGUGUUCCCCCUGCUAAACAAAUUUUUGACAUCCCGGAGAGAUGUGAUCGAACAACUGAGUUGGCAAUAGUUGACAUGUUAAGUUAUUCUCUUGAGCAUGCUGAUAAGAAUCUUCCUUGCAAGGAAGGGUUGUCAAACAAGGUCUUCAGAGUAGCUCUGCCAACAUGUCUAUUCCUGCUAAUUGCACUGGGGAUUGCCAUUAUCGCAGCACAGAUUUGUGGGAACCAUAACCAUCGCGUCCAUCGUCAACCCAUCCUUGAGUUAAAUACUCACAUCGAUUGGCACAAGAUGCGCCACUUGUGGCUGGACCUGGAUUAGGUUUAACCCCUAUCUCAAUUUUUACGUAAAUCCAAUAAUAAAUUGUGAAUUAGAGUACAUGUUUGUGGUUUCAUGUGACUCAGGUUGGUGUGGUUAUACAAUUUGCACAUGGAUAUACCUGAAAUUGGGAAUCACAUCAUCUUACUCUUCUCUUUAUUUUGAAAGGAGAAUAUUCAUCAAGCAUCUGUUACCAUGUUAUGCACAAGUUAUUGAUACUGAGUAAUUCAUUAGUCCA